AUGGUCAGUGCUAAGCAAUGGGUUAUAAAGAGUGCUCCUCAAGCUGGAGAGCCAUUUAACUUCAAUUUCGAUGAUCCUGAAUCAACUUUCAAGUUGAACAAGGUGGAAAUAUCCGCCGAUACGCUCAGAGAUGGUGAGAUCCUUGUUGAGACUCUGUAUCUCUCUAACGAUCCUGCCCAAAAAUUCUGGAUUGCGUCUGUUGAUAAGAACUACUCCAAAGGUGUAGAGCCUGGUGAGAUCAUUCCAGCCAGAGGCUUAGGGAAAGUUCUAGCAUCCAAGAACGAAAACUAUGCCAUCGAUGACUAUGUGAUGGGCCGAGUAGGUUGGACUACGGCUGUUGUCAUUAGUGAUCCAGAUUCUUCAGAGAUAGCUAAAAUAUCGAAGGAUGAUGUGGAAGAGUUAUGGUGGUAUUUAUCUGUCCUGGGCGCGACAGCUUUAACAGCUUAUUUCAUAUUCUUCAAAUACGCUGGUUUGAAAGAGACCGAGGAAUGUUACGGCAAGAACUUUUUGAUUUCAGGUGCCGCAGGUGCUGUUGGCUCACUUUGCACCCAAAUUGCAGUCAAUGUCUUCAAGGCUUCCAAGGUCAUAGUUAUUGCGGGAGGUCCUGAAAAGGUGCGCUAUCUGGAAAGCUUAGGCCGAAAUGUUGUAGGCGUCGAUUACAAAAGUGACACCUUCAAACAUGAUCUAGAGACAGCCGCCGGCGGUCCCGACACUGUCGACUUCUUUAUUGAUAAUGUUGGCGGCGAUAUACUAGAUCUGGGCGUUAACCUGAUGAAGGUUCAUGGGACAGUGGUUGCCUGUGGUUCCAUUAGCGGGUAUAACGAUCCUGAAAAAUUGGCCUUUAAGAACUACGUCACUGUUAUUACCAAAAGGUUGACUCUAAGAGGCUUGUUAGUCACUGAUUGCCGCGACGAGUUCCCCGAGGCACUCGCUAAAUUGAAGCAGUGGAUCAAGAAUAAGUACAUCGAUGCGGCGAACUCAGCCACAAUUGUUGAUGCGUCGGACGAUAAGUUUGACCUUGUUCCUGUUAUUUGGAGUGGUUUAUUUAAAAGCAUUAAUAAGGGAAAACUGAUCUCCAUGGUCAAAAAAGAAUAG